GUUGCCCAUAUGUGGCGACAGUAUGAUGUGAUGGCUAUGGUUUGUGAAGCGAACUUUAUGAGUGACUUCGUACAAUGUCGUUUCUCUCUGUUUAAUUAUAAUUAAUCGUCUGUGAGUUACGUUCGUAUUAAAUAAUUCCGUUAGAUGAAAGCAAACGCUUGUUGAUCGCUAUUGAUUUUUUGUCCGGUUCUCGCAGCAGUACCUGCAGUAUUUCGUCCAUAACGCCGCCGAUUAAAUAGUUACAGUAUUGUUGAAACUAUAAAGUGACAUCGAUUUUAUUAUAGCCUAUGAUGUUAUGUAAAUACGUAAGAUUAUGGCUCGAACUGUCAAACGCAAUUCAACGGUAAGAUGACAUCGGAUCAUCUCUGUAAUUUCCAGCGAAUAAGCAGUUUGUUAUGAUGCUUACCGGCUGUAGGAAAUGUGCGUUGUGUUUGUAUUUGGGAGAUUGCACAAAGAGACUUCCGCACGGUUGGGGCUAUGCAGCAUAUUUAGAAGGGCUCUUAACGUUAUUUUUACUUUGAUGUGAAUGUAAUUUAGAACGUAGUGUAAGUAUUUCCGCAAAGUUUAGGCAGCUCUUGUUGUAUUGCCCCAGAAGCUGUCACUGAACUGAGGAACAGAAAAUAGCAAGACCAGACGAAUUUUUGGAUUAGACCGGAACAUAUAAAAGGUUAUGAAAAAUGAAAUAGUAAUGCCAGCAUCCCCCACGAAAGUUAUGCCAGAAUGUUGCUUGAGAAUGACUCAGUUGAAGCUUGUAGAAGCAGUAGCUUUCACGCGUUGUAUUAUAUGGAAUUUCAAUCACGACGCACCGGACGCCGGAACUGCUGAGGGACUUUGUGAAUUUCAUGUACCACUUUUAUUCUACAAUAAGUAAUGAUGAAGACUAAGCCACUAGAUGAACCACUGCAGCUGAACUUGUAUAAUUUUGAUGAUAAUUCUGCCAGAAACUGUCCCUACGUACUGACCAGCCCACGCUCACUGGAAGCGUGCCGCAAAGCUGGCUGUAAGCCCGUAGAACUCCUGCGUAAGAGUGUUGAAGAAUACAGAGAAGAACUGGGCCUUUCGUCAGAUGAAGUCUAUAAAUUAUAUAUUGUGCAAGAGAGGGAAAGAUUAAAUAAGCUGGAGAUAUGCAGAGCAAUUCGAAACUCAUUGUUAAUGUGUUCCAAUAGGGGCCAAAUGAAAGAGAACUAUCCUCCUUUUGAUGUAUCGUCUGACAUCUCAAGGAUUCCAGAAGGAUCUCAGAAGGAAGUGCAGCUGAACAAAGAAACCAAUUCAAAAGCAAGAAAACAAGCUUCAGAAGUACGACACAACAAGAAACAGAAUAACAAAAUUAAGAGUGUGCCAUCAAAAACUCACAGUUACCAGAAUCAUAUUAAAUAUAGAGUUUCUCAUGGAGUAACAACUUCUGCAGAAGAUAGAUAUGGAAGCUCAGCUGCAACAUCAACUGCACCUUCACCAACUGUAUCUGUAAGAAAGAGGCAUACUUACUUGACUGCUGGCAGCCUUUGUGGCAAUCAUUUGUCCAGAUAUGUAGUGACAAAUGACAGGUCAGGGCCAGAAAUAUACCAGCCUUCUACAACUGAAACUUCAGCAUCUUCCAUAUCUAGUGGAGAUUCACCAACGGUUUCUGGGAAAAGAACAAAACAUUGUGGGAGUAAUAGACUUAGAAGUCCAUGUGGAAAGACAAAACAGAAAUUAUGCUGGCCUGUACCAUCUCCUUAUUCUGAUAAAGAACAAACAAAAUCCUUAUCUCAGCUAUGGAAUUCUGAGGAUAAAAACCAAGGUCUGUGCUAUAAACUUAGAUCCAGCUAUGAUUCGAACAACAACAGUAGUGGAGAGACAAACAUUUCAACAUUAGCGUGCUACUCUAACCCAUGGAAGAUUGAUAGUUUCAGCUCUGAAAAUCUUCACAUUCCUGAACACGAUCGACGGAUCCUGAUGUCAAUGGCAUUCAAGAAAGAAAUGGAACGUGCGAGCGAUCAAUUUGCUCACCAAGCACAUUUGCUGUGGGAACGUGAUCGAGAAGAAAGAGAGCAGUAUACAAAUGAGCAAGCUCAGUUCCAGAAAGAGUUAUUGGCUGAAAAACGGCGCAUUGAAAGUGCUGAAAAUGCUAGAAAAUUGGAAGAAACAAAGCUCAGUCUUCGCAAAUCACAAUUACGGCUGGAGAGGAGCAUUAUGGAAAAAGAGGAGAGGGCAGCCAUGCGAAAGAAAAUUGCUGAAGAAAGAAAGAUGAGUGGAAUAAGUGAAAGAAGUUUAAGUGCUGCAAGACACCGUUCUGAGAUUGAAGCUGCACAUCGACAGAUGGAAACUGAAAUGCUCAUUUGGCAGCAAACACUUGACCAGAAACAGAAGGAAAGGUUGCAGAAAGCUGAAGACACUAGGCUCCAUCAUCGUGAGACUUAUCGUAGGAGAGUGGCAAGCGCAAAUAGAGUUGAGGAACUACGGCACCAGGAGAGGUGGCAACAAGUGCGUGAAGAAACAGAAGCUGCUUUGAGAGAAUUACGCCAGCACUGUCGUGCACGUGAACAGAGAGCUCAAGAGAAAUAUGAUAAGAUGUUACAAGAAAGAGAUCGUCAGAUAAAAGGACAAAGUUUAGAAAGAGCUAUAAAAUUCCAACAAGUUCGCCAGUUGCACGAUGAUUUGGAACGUGGAUUUGAAAAGUGGCAGAAACAAGUGAAGACACUGCAGUGUGAAGCAACUCAAAAGGCUGAACACAGGGCAACACGACAAGUUGAGAGCAAGAGACAGCGGGUUGAAACAGAGAAUCGUGCUAGGCAGCGCCAUCACACACGACUUAUGGAAAGAAUUAACCGCGAGGAUGAAGCAAGAAUACAGUACAUACGUGAAGUAAUAGCCCGAAAAGAAGCAAAAAUGAAACAGAUGGCUGAGGAACGUGAUCUGGCUAUCAGAGAAUCCAGGCGUCAGGCUCAGGCUACAGCAGAUUUAAGGGAGCAUUUACGGUGUACACUGUCUCCAGAAACAUUUGACAGGAAAGUAGCUCGAGUAACACUGGAAGCUCGUGUGACUGCCAGACCACCAACAGCCAGUCCACCUCUCACACGCUCACAUAUAUUCCUUGGAUGAUAUUUGUUGUGUAGUUUUAUUGAUCUGUUGUCAAAUUGCAACCAGAGCUUUUUACAUGCUGUAUGCAAAUGGCUUAAUUAAAAUGUGCUACAUUUACAUGAAA